AUGGCUUCUACAUUGGUGCGCGACCUACAGCAGUUCCGCUACGUGACGACCUUCGCCAACCCAUUACCAUGGCCACAUGUGCGCCACGUCAGCGUUCCUGAGCUGCGCCACGCGGCACCCGACCUCUCCGUCAUGGCGAACCUGAUAUCUGGUCUCUCCGACUGCGCUGUCUCUCUGAAGGACAUCCGCGAGCACAACGACGCUGACAUCCUUCAGCUUCUCCAGGUGCUCCAAGCCUGUCUGCAGUUCUCGCUGUGGUCGCAGAACAUUCUCAAGAAGAAACUGCUGGAGGUGCAGUCAACGCACACCUCUGAGCAGGUAUCGGCGCAACAGCUUGAGAACCUGGAGAAGCGCUACCACACGCUUGAGCAGGAGAUCGCAGCCACGCACAAGGAGCGGGACAUGCUGUCGUUGGGCACGGCAAACCUUCGCGCCUCCCUAGUGCAGAUGGAGACGACGAUUAAGCAGCAAGAGCAGCAGCUGCAGCAAGAACGAAAACGCAGCGCACGUCUGGUGGCCAAGCUGGAGAAGGUGUUGGGUGCGCAGGCACUGGCAGCGCCGUUGAGGUCAACAUCACGUUUGCAUCUCCCUCGACAGCUACAGCAGCGCCCAAUUUAUGAUGUGCACACACCUGCGCCAACGCACCGAACGAAGAAGGCUUCCAUCACGCGCCACUAUCCCCAUAUUCUCAUAGACGACGCAGAUGCGCAGAGAGACGGCACCGCCUCUUUAACAAGCGAUACCUCCUACGGCGACAGCUGUCUGUCAGCCGAGAUCCCCACCAGGGCACACUCCUACCUUUCCCGACCCUGCGAUCGCCUUGAUCCUCUUCCGCCCCCUUUCCUCGAUUGGCGCACCUUGGUACGGUACAUCAUCCGUGAGGAGCAGAGGGUAUCGGCGUGGGCCUCUACCGAUGCUUCACCCCCCGCUGCAGGGCUGCCGGCCGAUGAGAGGCGCACCACGAGCAAGCCGGCAGUGAGCUUGCCUGCCGCAACCACGCCGCGAGACACGGAAGAGAGGCUCCCAUCGUUUCUUUCGGACCUCGCCGCUGGCAUCAGGGAGGACGUCGCCGCGUACUCCCGCGCAGUGACGACACGCACCGAGGAGAUCGCGCAUGCCGUCACGCAGGAGUGCAUGCAGGAAACCGCAAAGGCACAGCAGGUGUUGAUAACGGAGGUGCAAGCUGCACUUGGCAGUCUCGCCGCUGAGUUGGCGAACCACAAACAGCAGAGUGAUACCACACCAUCGCCUGCUAUCAGAACCACCGCAGCGGCAUCCGCCACGAGUGGCGUCCCCAGCCCCCACGCACACGCCGCCUCGACCUCACCGGUGUUGGCGUCUUCGUCUGUGAGGAAAUCUGCUGCCGCAGAGUCGCCGGUGUCCUCCUAUGGCUCCGGCAACGCUCCCGUUACCUCGACCAACGCCCCGCCAACGAACGAGUCGAAACCGCUCCCAUCGCCUCCGAAAGCCUCCGCAUCGCCUCUUCCGCUGACCACCGAUGGUUCGCCGCUAGCGUCGCACCUCCAUUCCUUCUUUGCGUCCAGCGUACCCCAACGCCGCUCCACGGCAGGUCGGGAGGUGCUCGACAACGACUCGAAGCGGCGCACGUGCUUACCAGACUUCUCACCCAGCAUUCUAUGCACGCCGCCCGCCAGCGAGCACGGCGACGCCGCAGCGCUGACAGACGCUGGCAGCGGCGGGCCACCCAGCGUCGUCGCCCGAGCGGAUGAAGAUGAGCGAGACGUCGAUGUGGACCUCCUGCCGCUAGAUAGCUCCUCGUUAACCUCACCACCGGAUUCCUACCAAAGCUCCGACAAAGCGGAUGGCGCGAAUGAAGUCGGUCAGGCGUACCCCAGCGGGCUUGCUAGGCCGUCCUCGGCGCCUCCCGUGUACCCAAGCAAGACCCCGCCAACAGCCGCCGUCGUGGUGCCGUCUGCAGCUUCAUGGCACUUAUCCCCGCACCGCAUACUCAGUUCACACUACUCCAUACACUCUGACGCGAGCGAAGGAAGCUCCCGUGGCUCCUCACAAAUGCUGCGAGAGACACGCGCGCAACUGCAGGCGCUCUUGGAGGAAGAGGAGGCCGCGGUGCGAGCAAAGAACAAUAGAUGA